AUCUUGUAUAUAAAACCAACACCAAGGAUCCUUGGAAACAAUGUGACCAGAGCAUCAGAAGCUGUUCAGACAUGGCGGGUCUAUUUGACAAGCAGGCAGAGACCUACCUACAAGCGAGGCCAACUUAUCCAAGUGAGUGGUACUCCAUGCUUGCCGCCCACACCUCUCAUCACUCUCUGGCUUGGGAUGUCGGUACCGGCAACGGUCAAGCUGCUCUUGGCGUCGCAGAGCAUUACGAGCAAGUGAUAGCAACCGACGUUAGCGAAGGUCAACUAAGUUUCGCAAUGCCACAUCCUCGGGUUCGCUACGUGCACACUCCAGAAUCCAUGACAGAGGAUGAAAUGGUGGCCUUGAUGGGUGGCGAAAAUCGGGUCGAUCUCAUCACCGUUGCUACCGCGGUGCACUGGUUUGACCUUACAAAAUUUUACAAGCUGGCCAAACGCCUUCUGCGUAAGCCAGGAGGUAUAAUAGCCGUUUGGACUUAUAAUGACGUAGUUGUUGGUCCUGAAUUCAACACCAUAAGUGAGCGCCUCCGCGAAAAAUUGUCGCACUUUCGUUCCGCGGAUGCCAACUACGCAAUUGACGGGUACAGAAAUCUUCCCUUUCCUUUUGAGAGUGUGGGUUUAGGACAUGAGGGACAACCAAUGCAACUCGAGAUUCCAAAGGAGCUCCUGUUCGAAGGGUACCUGAAACUUGUCAAAUCAUCAUCAGCAUUUGUCUUAGCCAAGGAACAAGGGGUGGAUUUGUUAUCUGAAGAAGUGAUUGAAGAGCUUGAGAGUUCUUGGGGAGGACCCAGUGAGGUCAGAACUGUCACCUUCAAGGUUUUCAUGCUUGCAGGAACAGUCGCAAAAUAAGUCGUAUAAUUAGGUUGCAAUAUUUGAUUUCCUCACUAAGUUGUUCCCCUUUUCUCUAGCAAUGAUUCCCAGUAUCUCUUCUCACAGAAAUUAAACUGGUAUACGACAAAUGUCAAGGUUGGAACCGGUUCAUCCACUUAUCUGCAUAACUGCUGAACAGAGCAUGAGUAUAAUGGCCGAGAUAAGUCUCGACUAAAUGCUUCGAAUAAAUGGUCAAGUUGCAACGUACUUUUGCCGAGACAAACGCAUGUUCGCAAAUUGAUCUCUGAGAGAAGAAAUCAUGGUGCGAUAGAGUAGAUUCUUGAGGCAACCAAAUGUUUACGGCAUAAGAAAAGGGUAACGAUAGAGAGGACCUAUUGUCGCGAUUUGGCUCGUAGAUCUGCAGGGGAAAGAAUGUCUACAUUGUAUUGGAAACCUGCAACAUGUAUCCAUGCUAGGGCAUAGAUGAGUUACAUGUUCGACCAUUCUUGUAUAAUGUAGAAGACAUUAACUUGCGAUUUAAGA